AUGGCACCAGCCGAUACCAAAAAGGCCGAGACGGCCAAGCAGGGUCCGCCCAGACUCUCUGAUUAUAAAGAAAUCCUCGACGAAAGCACAUUCGAACAGAUCCUUGAGAUGGACGAUGACGAGGAGGAUCGUGACUUUAGCAAGAGCAUCGUGUACGGUUUCUUUGACCAGGCCGAGAGCACCUACAAGAAGAUUCAGAAGGAAAUAGAUGCCAAGAACCUUGAUGAACUGUCUUCCCUUGGUCACUUCCUUAAGGGUUCCUCGGCCACACUGGGCCUUAUCAAGGUCAAGGACGGCUGCGAGAAGAUCCAAAAUUUUGGUGCCCACAAAGAUGAGACAGGCAUCAUUGAUCAACCAGACACGGAGGUCUGCCUCAAGGCUAUCAAAAAGACUCUGGAUGAAGUUGAGGUCGAAUAUCGCAAGGUCGAGAAGCUCCUCCGCCGAUACUACGGCGAGGAUGUGAAGGAGGAAGAAGAGAAGCCAGAACAGGAAAAGGUUAAGGAGCAAAACGAGGAAGAAAAGCCCGAGGAAGAGACCAAGAAGGAGACCAAUGAGAUCAAGGAGACUAAGGAGCCCACCAAGGAAGCCUCGGAAUAA